CUGUACUUCCGUUCCAUUCUCGGUGACCGUGUCAGACACGAGUCUGCCCCUGUACCAUCGCAGGCGACAAUUGUCAGACAAAGAAAGGGAUAGGAUCAUCCAAAGGAGAAAGUACAGGAAGAAGAAAGAGAAACACGAAGCUGAUCCAACAACAUCUGCCAGUGUGUAGUUGGUCUGUGUGUUUGUGUGUGAGUGCGCGGGGUGAGACACUCGUGUUUCACUACAGUCAGCGUGUGCCAGCGAGCCAGCGGCGGAGAUGUCGGAUGACGACUCGAGGGCCAGCACCAGCUCCUCCUCGCCUUCUUCCAGUUCUUCGCAACCAGGCGAGAAAGGGACCGACAUCAGCAGCAACAACAACAACAGCAGUAGCAGCAGCGGCAACACCACUAUCACCGGUAGCAGCAACCACAACAACAACAACAGCAACAGCAGCGGCGGCGGUGGAGGCAACAAGAGGAAAAGAGAAGCGAAGAACAGCACCAUGAGCAAGAACCCCAAGCUGCUCACCACUAGCGCCAAGAGGAUCCAGAAGGAGCUGGCCGAUAUCACGUUGGAUCCACCGCCGAACUGCAGUGCUGGUCCAAAAGGUGAUAAUGUCUAUGAAUGGAGAUCAACAAUCCUGGGCCCCCCUGGAUCAGUAUACGAAGGUGGCGUCUUCUUCCUUGACAUCGUUUUCUCAGCAGAAUAUCCUUUUAAACCACCCAAGGUCACUUUCCGGACGAGAAUUUACCAUUGCAACAUCAACAGCCAAGGAGUGAUCUGUCUGGAUAUCCUGAAGGAUAACUGGAGCCCAGCAUUAACGGUCUCUAAGGUUCUGCUGUCAAUUUGUUCACUUCUAACAGACUGCAACCCUGCGGAUCCUUUGGUUGGGAGCAUAGCCACACAGUAUAUGACUAACAGGGCUGAACAUGACAGAAUAGCAAGACAGUGGACCAAGAAAUAUGCCACAUAAACUGGAUGGUCAUCAGUCCUACCGACAUUUGUCUCUGAUGGAAAUGAGCUGCUCCUCAUUGGAAUGAAAAUGGGAAGGGGUUAAGGGUGAAGGGGUGGGGGAGGGGAAUGGGACAAGCAUUCCUAUUACAGGUUUUAAAUGCAACUGUCUUUUAUUUGCAUAAGUCUAGUCAGAACUCUUGAUGAGCUUUGUUAUUGUAGCUUAAACAAUAAACUAUUGAUAUGAAUAGAUAGGAAAUUCACAUGGAAAAGUUUGAAGAUUAUGACAUGAUGUGUCAUGCAAGACCCAGAUUUGUUACUGAAAUAUUAAGUGAUACCUCUUUACUGGUAUGAGUUUUAUUUGUUUGUGUCCACUGUGUUUGGUCAGAGUUUGAAAAUGCUUAACAAUCAAAAAGCAUGAAUUAAAACUGAAUGGAAACGUAACCAUGUUUAAGACCCAAAUAGAAUAAUGGUCAGAUAUAUAUGGAAUUGUCUUCAUUCAGGGAAUAAGAAAUAAAUUGGCAGAAUAUUUGCAGUUUGUGGGAACUGGUUUUAAUUUGCAGGAAACUUGGGAGAAAUAAGUAAAUCCAAAAUCCUUUCAAGUAACAGAUUUGCCUUAUUUAAACUAAGCAUUACAGCAGUUAUAAUAUGGGUUGUUUUGUUUCAAUAUUUUACACGGCUUUGGGCAUUGUUUAAAUUUACAAAAUGUAAUCUUAAAAUUAAUAGAUUAAGGUCUGUGAGUCCAGAAUGGUUUCCAAUUCUACAAAUAUCUGUUUUAAAGCACAGUUAUGUCAAUGAUCAUGCUGUAGUCAGAGUAUUGUAUUAAAAUAUGUAUGGCUGCUUAUUUGAUGCAGAGAGUUCGCAAAAAGAAAAAGCUGCAUCUUAAUUCUAAUUUUGUUUUAAAGACUAUAAGCAAUGUUAGGUCUUCCGAAUGAGUUGUUAGUAAUUGAAAUCCUUUCAAACAACUUAUUGUUACAACUCUAUUGGCCCCAUUCACAUUACAAAAUUAAAGAAUGUUGACCUCUACCAAAGUUGUACAGCCACUGGUCUGUAACCACUGUAACUGCUGAUAUUUUCUUUGGAAAAAUUACAUUGCCAGAUUGUAGGAAAUCGCAUGUUGUAAUUAAAAACACUGAUCAAGAUAUGUUAUUUAAUGAGCAGUCGUUGAAAAUCACAUAAACCCUGCAUUUGAUCCAUAGACUUGGUUGGUUCUGCUGUUUGUGAAUGUUCAGAAUUUAUAAAAGGCAGUUUGGAGAUACUGCUCACAGGACACUUAAAAAAACCAAUUGUGUAUCAUGCGUACAUUAACACAGAACUAAUCAAUAAGUGGCGUCUGCAACUUACAGUUUUACAGGGGGAAAAUUGGUGUGUGCUCUGUGAUGGCACAAAAUCACCUUUCACAAAUGGUAUUAAUGUGCAUAUCCCAAAACUGUUUAAAAGAGUUUCUUAUUUUUUAGAAAGUAGCUUUAAGAUGUGUGGUGACACAAUUAAUGUAUGUAAAUAACUGAAAGUGUUACUGACUGACCAAUGAAUCAACAUUUUCACUGCUUCCCCCCGCCCCUGCUCUCUAUUUAUCAUCUGUUCACGGACUCUAACUAUAAUUAGUUGUCUCCAUUGCAAUGCCAGUCUUGAGCUUUGUUUUCUUGUUAUGGUUAUUCCAGUAACUGAGAGUCCUAAUAUUGUAAAUACAGAACUGGUGCACAUGAUGCAAACCAGAAGGUAACAGACUCAAUUUAAAAUGUUGCUGAGUUGGUGAAUCUCAGUGGAAGAUCAACAAGAUGCCUCAUUAGACAAAGAGGAGCAAAAUCAACCAGAUUCCAGGGUCCUACAGCUGCUUGCCAUUUGGCAAGACAUGCGGUGAAGUGCAUUUCUGCAGACUUUGCUUGCAAUUAGUUUUGAUAUACGAACUUCUAAGUGUUAGAUGAGGUACCACAAGCUGCUGCUACACUUGAAACUACACCAAGCAAUAUUGAAAAGUUUAUAAAAUUCUUCAGAACUUGCUUCACAAUCAGUCUCCCUAAUGUAAGUAGAUCAGGACCAUUAUUUUAGUUUAAACUUAGGUAAUUGUUACCAAAUUGUUAUCCAGAUGUUACCAUGAGAUGCAAGUUACCUGAAAAUAUACAAUGGACCAUGAUGUUUAACUUUUUACAGACAACCGAAUUGCAGACACAAAGCAGAUACCUAAACGGUUAUUUUAGAUUCAGGAAGGUUUAUGCUCAUUCCUUGGUAUCUUGAGUACAAAUAUGUAUUCAUAAUAUAUUUUUUCAUUGGGUAAAAAAAAAUCAGCACAUCUGUUUAAGUCAUGCAUUUUAAGAUUUGAUGCAAGGUUUUUCAUUCUUGCAGAUGAGAGUUUUUAAUGUUUUAUUUUGCAUACAUCUGAUACCAAGUUCCUUCUGAAGUCAAAACUACAAAUCUAUUGGAGCUUUUCUGUAAUCCCAUUUUGAAGAUGCUCACUGUUGGUAUUUGGUGAAAAUCACCCAGGUUCUGAAAUUAUCCUAAGGGUGAUUCCGAGAGUUGCAGUCUGCUUUGAACCAUUUGGAAUUGCACAAAGAAGAAAGCAGAGGAAAUAAAAAUAAAACAUAAAAUGCAGCCUCGAGCAUGGAGUGGAUAUGGCUAGAUCCCAGAGAGCAUGUAUUUAUUUUAUUUAUUUUGUAUAAUUUGAGAUGUGAAAUGAAAUGUGGAUGUUUUCACUCACAGAUAUUUCCCUUCAGACCCUGUUUUCUGUUUACUCCGGGAUUCAUCUUUUGCUUCUGUAGUAUCUUUUCUGAUUUGGAAGACUAAUUUCAAAGCACUUUGUCAUUGAAGAGUUUUGUUAAUUUGAGUCGUGAAUUUUAUUUUGUUUUUGAGAGGGGACGACUCUAAGGGAUACAAUUUGCUUGUAUUUGGAAACGAAUGGAUUAUCCAGAAGAUAAAGAUGCAUGAAAUUCAUGGUGAUUCAGCAAUUUGUAUUUAGAAUUGGCUGGCUUACCCAUAGAAGACAGAGGGUAGUGGUGGCAGGGCGUUAUUCUGGCUGGAGGCCUCGGUAUUCUGUGAUGUAUAUGUCUUGGAUGAAAAUGUAGAUGGGUUGUUAGUGAAUUUAAGGGAACACAAAAAUGAGUGGAGUUAAUGUAGGUGAAGAAGACCAUCAGCAGGAUAUAGAUCAGUUAUAGAUAUGGGUGGUGAAGUAGCAGAUGGAUUUUAUUUUGUGAGCUGUUGCACUUUGGGAGAUCAAAUGUAAAAGGAAAGUAUGCAGGUAAUAGAAGGAUCAAGAGCACUGAUGUAGAGAGGAAUCUUGGGAUCCAAAUCCACAGCUCUUGAAAGUAGCAACACAAGUAAAUCGAGUGGUAAAGAAGGUUGAGGCAUCGAGGAUGUCAAGAACUUGUGUUGCAGCUUUAUAAAACUUUAGCUAGGUUGCACAUUGGGUCUUGCGGCACCUGGUUACAGGAAGAAUGUGGUGGCUAUGGAGAGGGUGCAGAAGACUAGGAUACCAGGAUGGGAGGAUAUUGGCUGUAAGGAAGGAUUGGACAAACUUGGAUGGUCGACUCUGGAGGGCUGGAGGCUAAGGCAAUUUUAUAAAAUUCUGAGAGAGAGUCAGAAUCUGUUUUCCCCAGGUUAGAAAUAUCAUACACUAGAUGAUGUCGGGAAUGGGAGGAAGAGGGAAGAGUGGGGGUAGAGAGAGCCUUUAAAGGAAAUGUGCAUGUUUUUUACACGGUAAGUGCUAGGUGUCUGAACGUGGUGCUAGGGAUGGAAUUGGAAGCGGGUAUAAAAAGGCUUUUAGAUUAGGCGCAUAGAUAUACAGGGAAUAGGACAUGGUUCAUGUGCAGGUGAAGGGAUUUGUUUAAUUUGGCAAUUUGUUUAAAGCCAACCUGAUGUGGUCCAUUGUUCUAAAUCGAAUUAGUCUUUAAUAGAGGACCUGGAUGGUAAUGAUUUGAAGAGUGUUAAUUAACAAGUGCUGAAUUUUUCAACCUCUCGAUUUUGUACUGCGCUCAGUUUCAAAAUUGUUAGCAGUAUUAAUGUUUUGAAGCUAAUGUUAAGAUAAUUUCUGAAUUCUGUACUUCUACUGCAAUUUGUAUAGUCACAAAGUACAUCCUGAUUAAUUUUCUUUGUUAAUUAAAAAUAACAUAGAGAGCUUAAAAAACAUCUGCUGGAAACACGCAGCACGUCAAAGACCACAUGAAGUGCUUUAGUCCUGAAAUGUUCACUCUGCUUCUCUUCCCUCAGAUGUUACCUGACCAGUUGAGCAAUUUCUGCUUCUUUUUUUUUUGCUUUUCUGACUGAUUAAUUUUACCCUAUGUGGAUUUUUGAUUUCCAUUUAUGAUAGAACAUUUACAUUUUGUUUCUUGUUUUACAAAAGAGAAAUACUCAGGAGGUCAGCUAGCAUCUGCAGAGAAAAGUCUAAUGAAAAACCAAUAACUGGAAACAUUAGCUUUGUUUUUUCUCAACUGAUCAUAUGGCUUUUUGUUGUUUUUUCCGCAGUGUACCCAGCCAUAUACUCUUCAAUGUGCAUCACUACAGGAGAUAAUAUUAAUAAAGAUGGCACAAUAUGGACACUAGAUGUCAGAAUAAGAAAACAGUCAUUUAGCAUUUUAAAGGAGGAAAGAAUAGAGUAGCUAUGGGAAUGAGGGAUAUGGCUGGAUGAAGAG